AUGGAAAUGUACAGUAAAGGACUAGCUGACAAUGCAGCUAUGCUUCGCGGUUCUAAUAUACCUAUUGAACCACCAUCAUUAGAAGAAAAUCCUGAUGUAAAUCAAUCACGCAAACUUUUAUUUGCUCUUAUUGGAAUAGAUCUAGUACUUUUUUUGAUAAAUUUUCUCUUUAUUAUUCAUUCAUAUGCAGCUAGUGAAUCGUUAGAAAGUCAGUCACCAAAUAGUAGUUCUCAAUUAGUUUUGAUUAUCGUAUCGUUAAUAUACUAUGGUUUUGGAUUAUUAGUAACGCACCGUUAUUAUCAAACAGGUUUACUUUUUUUUACAUUACUUGGACUAAUAGUACUUGUUUUCACAAAUGUAACUGUAAUUAAACUUUUAAUCCGAAUAGUUCACAUGGCAAAUCAUGUGGGCUUUGUUGCCGCUGGACUAAUCGUUGCCAUUAUAUUUGUUGCCAUCUGUGCUAUAGCGUCAGUUUUACAAAUAUUUAUCAUAAUAUACGCGUUUAAACUAUACCGAUUGCUUAAAAAAAAUAAGCAUUUAACAAUAGAACAAAUUUAA